AUAAAGGCGAAAGUGAUGUUAGCGGGAGGCGAGGACCCGAAGACCUGUGAUCAAAACAUCGCGUGAUACGACACACUACAGCGAGACAAGAGCCGCAUUAACUAACACACACCGCUGAACAAAAAGGAACGCAAGCAACGACAGUAGUAUAGGCGAGAACGUCCUUUCCCUACGUGUAUACCCGGAGACAAAGAGAAGCAGUGUGAGGUGACAGUGCACCAGUUUGAGGAAGGGGAGGAGGGGCAGCAAGUGUCACACUGAAAUCAGCACCGUCCGCCAUCCUGCCGCUGUCAUGCCGCCCACAGGGGACCGCUGGUUGGUUGACUUCAAUGCAGUGGAAGCAUUGGUGCGGGAGUUGACGGAGUCUGUCACAAAGAGGCGGCAGGUGUCUGUGGGAACUGUACAGCAUGCACUGCUCUCCAACAAGUUAAGGACAUCCAUCCCACAGGUGGAUACACAAGUAGGUGACCUGAUCACUCGUCUUGACUCAUGGGAGCUGCGUAACCUCACCCCACAAGAGAAGGAGAGGAGACUUCGCCUGUGUGAGAGACUCAAGAGUACAGUGAAGAAGGCACACAUGGACUUCACUGAAAAAAAGGAACCUGGUGGAGCACCUCAGGGUGCAGGGUGGGGCUGGGGUGUGGAAGAGGAGGAGGAAGGGGAAAACACCAGGCACCUCACCACUAGUCAGUUGAGGGAGCAGCAGCAGCACCUCUUACAAGAGCAAGACCAGGGCCUGGAAGCCUUGUCCACGGUUGUGUCACACCAGCGAAGGAUUGCAUCGGCCAUUGGCACUGAGGUGGAACAGCAGAAUGAGAUCAUAGAUGACAUCUCCCAGCGCACAGACAACACCAGGAACCGCUUGGAGGAUGAGACUGGCAACAUCUCCGUUGUCACCAGGAAGGACCGCACCUGGCCAUACUGGGCGGUGAUAGUGUUGCUCUUUGUGGCCAUCAUUAUUGUGAUAGUGUGGUAGACAGACCUUCUCUCUCCUGCUGCCCUGAAGCCUCCCUGUUCUUGAGGGAGGCAGUAGGGGAAUAAGAGUUGCCACUGCAUUCAUUCUUCAUCUUCACACGUCCUCCUGAAUUCCAAGGUCCACCGUUAAGCCUGUGAGUGGAAACGUGAUGUAGCAUGGUGUGUAUUCUUCCUGUUAGAGAGGAAGGUAUGUUGUCUGUCCAUUUUCCUUUCUCUUAUAGAGUGUACCACAUUGUCUCCUGGAAUUCUUUCCUGUAAUCUAAUUUCACAUCUUCAUACAUUGAAACAUCAGUGUGCAUGUUGCUCCUGCACAUUCAGGAACAUGGUUGUCUUACAGGGUCCAAUGUCCUGCAUUACACAAAUAUUAGACAACUUCUCAUCACUUGAUUUUGUGGCAAGACUUAGAUUUGCAUCAAGGCAGUUACAUCGGAGUACCUAUACCAUACUGGGUGUCUUGGUCAUUUUAUAAAUGUUAUUUUCAUAGUUUCACAUUAGGCCUAGUGAUGUUCCCUCUGCAUCUUACUGUCAUUUCUAUUAUUGUUUUAUUUAACAUUUCAAAUUUGAGAGUCUGACCUUUCAUGCAGUGUGACAUCUUGCUUGCUGUACACUCUUCCUCCUGUU